AUGUAUGCGCGUGGUCGGCAGCCGUCUGUAGAAUGGACCGUCGGCCUCGUGAUGCAGUACUUGGCAUCGAUUGAGACCAGGCAAAAAUGCGGCAAUUUCGCCAUUGGUCCGUAUCACGGCAUGGUCGUCCGAAGUCUCGUCGACUGGGCAGUCUCGAACAAGCGGGCCUGCGUGGACGACUGGGGGCUGUACAAUGCAACCUCGGACGGUCCACAGCAAAUCAGGAGCGUGUGUAUUGAGGAUUUCCGAGACACUCUUCUCCGGCCGCGCAAAAACAAUGCCAGCAAAAUGAGCGAGGCGCUCAGCGAAAUGGGCUCGCAACAGGAGGAACAGGAGGGUUUCUCGAGAGCUUCAUAG